ACAGGAGCUGAUGUUCCCUCUGGUCACAACAUGGAUGCAGCCUCCUCGACCUGGAAUGUGUCCAGUGGGCCUGAGAAAGUGCCCUUCCUGCAGCUGGACUCGCCCAUGAACAACAUCACCACAUCCCUGGGCCAGACGGCCGAGCUGCACUGCCACGUCUCGGGCUUCCCGCCGCCCACGCUGCGCUGGCUGAAGAACGACGCUCCGGUGGUCCAGGAGCCCCGGCGCAUCUCCUACCGACCCACCGCCUACGGCUCGCGCCUGCGCAUACGCAACCUGGACACCACCGACACCGGCUACUUCCAGUGCGUGGCCACCAACAGCUUUAACACCGUCUCCACCACCGGCAUCCUGUUCGUCAAGUUUGAUCCGCUCCCCACGCCGCUGCCUGGAAGGCCCUCACCGGACGAUUUCGACGAGGAGGGUUUCUGCCAGCCCUACAGGGGCAUCGCCUGCGCCCGCUUCAUUGGGAACCGAAGCAUCUUUGUGGACUCACUGCAAAUGCAGGGCGAGAUUGAAACCCAGAUCACAGCGGCCUUCACCAUGAUCGGUACAUCCAACCACCUGUCGGACCGCUGCUCUGAGUUCGCCAUCCCGUCUCUGUGUCACUUCGCCUUCCCCACGUGCGACCGCAGCUCGGGCAUGGACAAGCCUCGCGACCUGUGCAAGGACGAGUGCGAGAUCCUGGAGAACGACCUGUGCAAGACGGAGUACAUCAUCGCCCGCUCCAACCCCAUCAUCCUCAAGCGCCUGAAGCUGCCCAACUGUGAGGACCUGGCCGUUUACGACAGCCCUGAGGCGGCCAACUGCAUGAGGAUCGGCAUCCCCAUGGCAGAGUCCAUCAACAAGAACCACAAGUGCUACAACCACAGCGGCGCGGACUACCGGGGCACGGUCAGCGUCACCAAGUCAGGCCGGCAGUGCCAGCCAUGGAACUCCCAGUACCCGCACAGCCACACCUACCUGGCGGUGCGCUACCAGGAGCUCAACGGCGGCCACUCCUACUGCCGCAACCCCGGCAACAAGCACGAGGCGCCCUGGUGCUUCACGCUGGACGAGAGCGUGCGCAUGGAGCUGUGCGACAUCCUCGUGUGCGAUCCAAAAGAGAAGCGCAGCGGCAGCAGCAUGGAGAUCCUCUACAUCCUGGUCCCGAGCGUGGCCAUCCCACUGGCCAUCGCCCUGCUCUUCCUGUUUAUCUGUGUGUGCCGCAACAACCAGAAAGCCUCCCAGCCCCCCGCCCCCCGGCAGCCCAAACCAGUCAGAGGACAGAAUGUGGAGAUGUCCAUGCUCACAGCCUACAAAACCAAGACUAAAGCCAAGGAGCUGCCUCUCUCGGCCGUGCGCUUCAUGGAGGAGCUGGGCGAGUGCUGCUUCGGCAAGAUCUACAAGGGCCACCUGUACCUGCCGGGCAUGGAGCACGCGCAGCUGACGGCCAUCAAGACGCUGAAGGACUUCUCGGGCGCGCAGCAGUGGGCCGACUUCCAGCAGGAGGCGGCGCGCAUGGCCGAGCUGCAGCACCCCAACGUGGUGUGCCUGCUGGGCGUGGUGACGCAGGAGCAGCCCGUCUGCAUGCUCUUCGAGUUCCUGCCGCACGGCGACCUGCACGAGUUCCUGGUGAUGCGCUCGCCGCACUCGGACGUGGGCUGCAGCAGCGACGAGGACGGCGGCACGGUGCGCUCCAGCCUGGACCACGGCGACUUCCUGCACCUGGCCAUGCAGGUGGCGGCGGGCAUGGAGUACCUGGCGGCCCACUUCUUCGUGCACAAGGACCUGGCGGCGCGCAACGUGCUCGUGGGCGAGCAGCUGCACGUCAAGAUCUCCGACCUGGGGCUGUCUCGGGAGGCCUACGCGUCCGACUACUACCGCGUGCAGCCCAUGGCGCUGCUGCCCAUCCGCUGGAUGCCGCCGGAGGCCAUCGCCUACGGCAAGUUCAGCACGGACUCGGACAUCUGGUCGUUCGGCGUGCUGCUGUGGGAGAUCUUCAGCUUCGGCCUGCAGCCCUACUACGGCUGCAACAACCAGGAGGUGAUGGAGAUGGUGCGCAAGCGGCAGGUGCUGCCCUGCCCCGAGGACUGCCCGCAGCGCGUCUACACGCUCAUGGCCGAGUGUUGGCACGAGGGGCCCGCUCGCCGCCCGCGCUUCAAGGACCUCCACGCCCGGCUGCGCGCCUGGGAGGGCAUCUCGUCGCACGCCAGCUCCAGCACGCCCUCGGGCGGCAACGCCACCACCCAGACCACCUCCCUGAGCGCCAGCCCCGUCAGCAACCUGUCCAGCCCGCGCUACGCCGGCUACAUCUACCAGGCGGCGCCGCAGGGCCUCCCGCCGGGCCAGAUCGCCGGCUUCAUGGCGGGGCCCAUGUCCCAGGCCCAGCGCUUCAUCCCGGUCAACGGUUACCCCAUCCCGCCAGGCUACGCCGCCUUCCCCGCGGCCCACUUCACCACCGGUCCCCCGCCCCAACCCGUGGCGCCCCGGGUGGUGCAACACUGCCCGCCGCCCAAGAGCCGCUCACCCAGCAGCGCCAGCGGCUCCACCAGCACGGGUCACGUGACCAGCGUGCCCUCCACAGGCUCCAACCACGACGCCAGCACGCCGCUGCUCUCCCACUGUGUCACGCUGGCGCCCAUGGCCUCCUUGCCAGGCGGGGGCGCUAUGCCCAUAUACGGACACAUGGCCCAGAAGCAUGUGCAGAUGGACCCGUCACAGGCAGCGAUGCUGGCCGACUCAAACAGACUCAUGUACAGCGAGUCCAUCAUCACUGCAGACCUCUCAAUGUCAUCUCCCCUUUGCUACAGCAGGAGCUUAAACCCUUCCUGGACCUGAGUGAUGGACUUCAAAGUACCACGGAUGAGCUUCUGGCAGCCGGGAACGCUCUUAAAGGGCCAACCCCUCUGGCUGAGAGAAAAGACGCUUGGAAUGAAAGCCCCUCGUGCUCUAAAACACAAUAUCAGCGAAAGGGCUAUGUGAAUGUUUAUGGACAAGCGUUAUUCAAUAUUACUGCAGAGCCUGCCCUCUGUUGAGUUCUGAGGGCUAUAACUGAUACACACACACACACACACACACAUUUAUAUAUACACAUACACACUCACAAACACUCUCUCUCUCUCACACACACAAACACACACACACACACACCAGAGAUCCAGACUGAGAGCCGUAUGACUCCAUAUAUCUCCAACAUACUCUGUGAAACACACAGUCACCACAGUGCCUAUGGAAUAGGCGUGAGCCCGUGAGAACUCCGAGCCAACAACAGGUGUUUAAUAUCACUAAUCAGCUCACUGGCCCACCGGCAGACACAUUAACUCCAUUCAUAGUCUCAUAGAAGGACGGGAAUAAAGAGACGGUGCUCUACAUCCUCCACAUGAAUCAGCUGUAGAUAUGUUCAGGGUAAUGAGAAAUGAUCUGCAAGGACUGCACACAGAACUUCACAUGCAUUACAGGAAUGAAACGGAAAGGUCAUUUAACCUUAGCUUAUCUCACAUUGACCAGGAUUCAUUUAAGCAGCUAAUAGUCACUAUUUGAAUGUUUUUGUUGCUAUGCAACUGUUUAGUACAAAGACACCCCUUGGCAUGAGUUAAAGACAAUCAUCCUUAUUUUCAGGGUACUUAAUGAAUUGAAUAAUGUUACUGUCGAUUCUGUUCAGUCUACCUACACUACCGAGAGGUAAGAUGGUUCAAGGUUGUGUUCUGCUAAGAAACACAAGACGAGUCACAUAAGCUCCUUUUCUGCAUUUUACACCUUGCCUUCAACCUUUUUAGUUUUAUAACUACAAUGUUACCUACCUAGGCAUCUGAAAUUAGUUUUAUACACUACAAUCUUACCUACCUAGGCAUCUGAAAUUGUAUACAGGUAUCAUCUGUUUUUUUUUUUUUUUUACAUGUACAUGAUGUGUAUCCCAGUUCAAAAACCACUUAAAAACACAGAGACUGUGAAUCUUGGUACUGGAGAUUUUUCAGUGUGCUGUUUUACCUGAGGUGCCUUUUUGUGUAGAGGAAUGGACCUUUGAAGAAUGAGCUGAAAAGGUUUACAGCCACAUGUUUAUUGACCAAGAGGCCUUGUUUGUUUUUUUGUUUUUGGUACUUGUGAGAAGAUAUUUGCACAAAUGUUUUGUAUUGCAAAAUCAUAAUUAAAUUUCAUUGUUUGUCA